AUGUACUAAUCAUAAUAAUUACAUAAGCCUUUAGAUAAUGAUCUGAUUAAGGAAUAUACAAGAAAUGGUUAUACUGAAGAAGAAAUCAGGAAUGCAUGGGAGGUUACAUCUGGAAAUAUGAUUUAAUUUCAAUAAAUGCUAUGGGGAAUGAAAAAUCAAUCAUUUAUAAUAAGUCCAAUCAAUCAAUAAUUUAAUGAUGAUAUUUAAGUAGCCGUGGCAGCAUCAUUAUCAUUACAUUAAAAAAAUAUUCCAGAUGGUAAAGUUAGAAAAGAGAAUUUUCCGUGUGGAUUGUUAAAUGUAGGGAACACAUGUUAUUUUAAUUCUCUUCUUCAAACUUAUUAUUCUAUUUACAAUUUUGUGCUACCCAUUGUUAAAUGUGAAUUUGAUCAUAUUGAUCUUUAAAAUAUUGUUGAUAAAAGAGUGGCUAAUUCUGUCUUACUUCUUAAAAACUUAUAAAAUCUUUUUGUGCUGAUGAUUGGAAGUGAUAGGUAAUUUGUUGAUCCAAAACAAGUAAUUCAUUCUAUAUAUGAUGAUUUUGGUAAAGCCUUACCUAUUGGAGACUAAAAGGAUGUUGGCGAAUUUAAUAACUAUUUUCUAUCAAGGAUUGAUGAGGGAAUGACUUACUUAAACUAGUCAUUAUUAAAAAGUUAAUAACCAAAUUAAGAAUAUUAAAUUGCAUAAUCAUAAGUUUAUCCUCAAAAAACUAAUUAACAUGAAUAGAAUAAAAGUUUCAUUUCGUAAAAAUCAUUAUUAGUCAGAUAAUCUUCAGUUGUAGCAGAAAAUUCUGUUUUAUAUAAGUUGUUUUAUGGCAAAUUCGCACCUUAACUUACAGUUCAAGGUCUGGGAAGCAAAGAUUGCGAAGAAGAAAUAUUUAACUUUAUUCAAAUCGAUGUGGGUAAUAAGUUUUUAAUGGAGGGACUAGAAAAAAAUUUGAAUCAAGUCUUAGAAUAUAAAAAUGAGAAAGAUUAAUAUUAAUAAGCUAUCAAAUCAUUUUGGAUCUCAUAAGCUCCUCAAAUUCUUUCUUUUUAGAUACAAAGGGUGGAAUUUCACAAAGAAUUUUUAACUUUUGCUAAAAUUAACUCCCCCUUUUAAUUUGAUAAAGAAAUCUAUAUUGAUCGUUUCUUAUUGUCUAAUCAAAAAAUUGCUCGAGAAAUAUAAAGUCAGAAUUAAUAAAUGAGUGAUAGAUUGAAGAAAAUCGACUUAGAAUUGGAAUAGUUAAAUUCUUUUAAUGGAAACAUUUAAAUUAUUUAAAACCUAGAAACUACUUUAUAGUUCUUAAAAUUAUAAACUCCAAAUGAAAAAUCAAAUCCUUACUAUGUGAACAGCAAAGAUAACAAGGCAGCCAUAGAUUCCAUCUCUCAAUAUCAUUAAUAUUUUAUAUAAAAAAGGGAUUCCUUAUUAAAAGAAAAAAAGGAAUUGGAAUCAAAAAUUUCCUCUAGCUAUAACAACUUAAAGAAGUAGAAAUAUAUUUUAUAAUCUAUUUUGAUGCAUGAAGGAAGUCCUGAUGGAGGGCAUUAUUUUGCAUACAUCUACGACUCUGAUGAUAAAAAAUGGUAUUUAUUUAAUGACAUUCAUGUUCAGGAAGAGACAGAAUAAAAUGUAUUUAAAUACGCUUUUGGAGAUUCAUUAAACUCUAAAAGUGCUUACUUAAUAUAGUAUGUCAAGGAUGAAAAACCAAAGUAAAAUCAGAAUUAAAAUUUUAAGUAAAGGUUAUAUAGUACAAGUCAAAAUAUAAAUAAUUAUUUACAAGAUGGAUAUGGAAAAUUAUUAUCAUAAAAAUAAAAAGAUAUAUUACAUAAAGAUAAUCUAAAGUUAAAGUAAGAAGUUAUUCAACAAUAAUUAAUUGGCUAAAUAGAAAUAAUUGUUUCAAUAUAUCUUUAAUAUUUUGAUAAUGCUAAUGAAAAAUAAAAACUAUAUUAGCUCAAAUAAUAUUAAUAAAUUACAUAUAAACCACCUUAUAUUGAAAAUUUUGCUAUGUUUUUGAAAACGAAACCUGAUGAAAAGAUGUUCAGAUGGGUUAUAUUAGAUUAUGCAAUUAAAAAAAUGAUACCUUAGACUAACGGAAUAUUUGGACCGCCUGAUCUUGAAUAGAAUUUAAAAACUUUAAUCUUAGAGGAAAUAAGUAAAUUUGGACAAAAUAAACCAAUAUAACCAAUUCCUUAAAGUCAGGAGUACUAAACAUCAUUAGAAGAAUAUAAACUUACUCUUAAGUUAUUAGGUAUGAUUGCUUACAUCCUAGAACAAUACAACAAUAAUAGUUUAAAAGAAACUAUAAUUGCCUUACAUGUUUACAUGAAAUUAGCCAAGUUAACCAAUUAAUAAUCCUUUUUUUAUAACAUGGCCUUAUAAAUGAAAAAUUUAAUUUUAUUAGGAAUUAUUUGCAAAAUUUAUUAUCAGAAAAAUAUAACUGAUUCAGAAAUACUAGUUCUUAAGCUAUUAAUUGCAUUUUAGAUGUAGGAACACUUUCUUUAUAAAGAUCCAAAAUAAUGGAGUAAGUAACUCUUGAAUUUAAUUGGUGUUGCACUUUCUACUUAUGGCCAAAAUGAAAAAUAGACGUAAGAUGUUGUCAAACCUCUGGUUCAAAGCAAGAAAGACGUUGAAAUGUGUGCUUUAUUGGACACACCAUCUUAAAAUAUUGAAUAUCAUAUCUAAUCCAUUUGGUCCAUAUAUUUAAAGAAAUAAUUUGAAGACUAGUUUGAAGACUUCCUCUAAGAUAAUUUAAUGGUUUCUUUAUAAACUUUUUAUCAAAUCAAAUGUACUUCACUUCUAUUAGAGAAAAUCACAAAAUCUGAUUCAAUUUUAGAUAAAAAAGAUAUUUUUAAGAUAAUUGAAGAAAACCCUCAAAAUAAAUGA